AUGGGAAAGACUUUCCCUUCCUCUGGGCCAUUUCAGGCGUCGUCCAGCACAGCCCCAGGGGACGGGGAGACGAAGGGUCCUCCGUUGCCAUUCAAUGCGCGCCGGCGCACGGUACUGCUCAGCGGGACCGCCCCGCCAGGGGGCACGCGGUGCGCCGAGAUGGCGGGCAAGACAGCCGCAGACUGCGCGGCGGUCUGCUGCUGCUGUCCGUGCGGGCUGCUGGGUCUGAUGGUGCUGGUUAUGGUGAAGCUUCCGGCAGGACUGUGUCGGCGGUCCUUCCUCCAGCGCCAGCAGAUGAAGAAGAAGAGGAAGAUGAAAACGAGCAUGUACCGCGGCGGCUCUUCGGGGGGAGGCCUUCUUGGGGGCGAGGGCGAGAUGGCUGCCGCAGGGGCCGGGGAACAGCCUGGAGAGAACUCGCCGUCGGCGGAGGUGUCCAAGAUGGAGAAGGAGAUGAGGGCCCAGUUCACGGCUGGAGGCUUUUGGCGGAGCCCCUCCCAAAGAGCGACAUAG